CUUAUACUAAAAAAGAGGAUAUUGUGGAUCAUAGUUGUCUUUACUUUUAUUGUUGACAUCGCAUUUUGUCUAUUUUCUUUCAGAGAUCAGGACGACCUCAAGUUAAUAAAACAACCAGUAGGUGGCAGUAAUGACAGCCACAAGAUUCAGAUCUCCUGGUUACAGCUAAUGAAGAAUGAAGAACGAACCAGGCCAGGGAAGGGCGGUUACAUGCUGAAGUUCACCUCCGGUAAAGUGCACCGGCCGGUAUAUUUCCGGUCUAACCUGGACACCUACGGUCCGCAUUUAAGUCUAAAAAUGUGCGCGUUUUUCGAAAACUACAUGUUGUUCUACAAAACCGGGUGGUAGAGUCUUUAGCUAACGUAUUUUCACACCUCCUAACAAAGUGUGACGUCUAUAACCCAGUAAGUUAUUUCAAACGUUCGUGUACACGUAUGGUGUUGUUAGCGGUGGUGUUGGUGUUAGCUAAAGACUCCACAACCAGGAUUUGUAGUACAAUACGUGGUUUUCGAGAAACGCGUAAGUUUUUAGACAAGUCUGCAGUUUGCCGCAUAAAUGCGGACCAAUGGUCUCCCUGUUAGACCGUAGGUGGUGUGAGGAUGGCGGACCCGGAGAUUUACCGGCCGGGUCGGAGGUGGUCCGGUCUUGCCGGAGAUGCACUUUAACGGGGGUGAAGUUGACAAAACAAAAUAUUGUAGUUAUUGGACAAAAUGCAGACGUCACUAUAAAGUUGACUUGAUCGGAUCUUUUGGUUCAUUUCAGCAUGUGUGUAUUGACGCAGUUUCCUUGUUCUAGUGAAGGCCAUUAGAGAUAGUGGGUUCUUUAUGUUAAGAAAUGGCUUGGUUGAUGUCAAACAUCUUUGACUCGAGGGCAUCACAUAACACUGACUCUGUGGAAUCAGUCUGGACUCGUGCUGUGGCCUGUAAAGUGAAAACACUGACAUGACAACAGUGAGGUAAGACGGAUUUUCGUCCUGAGCUUCGUCCUGAAACUGAAAUAGUUUCUAACCACAGAAACGUAGAAACUUUUGGAGACAACUGUCCAGUGAUCAUCUCAGAUGUGGGGAAGGACAUGUUCGGAGUGGACUGGGACAGUACUGUGCCUGGGACUGAUCCUGUCUACUCUUUUUGCCGAAGGCAGCGUGCUGAUAGUGCACUGUCACCCUGGGAUGCGGGCCACUCUACCCUGUCCGUACCACUAUGAGGAGCAUGUCCAGGUCCCUCAGCUAUCUGUGCAGUGGAGGAGUCCAAACAACCAGCUGCUGUGUCACUACAUCAAACACAAAUCUUAUCAGAACUGCAGCUCAGGCUACACCAUCGUCUACGUGCCCGGCAGCAUCAGGCUCGUGGUCCAGCAGCUGGACCUGGACGACUUUGGCGUUCACGUCUGCUCCGUGGGAAAGAAACACGAGUUUUCUGACUACAGGAUCGAGGUGGUCAGAGUAUCAGAAGCUGGCACUAAAGAGCCAAAUUGUGGAGGAAAUCUUCUGGGUGGAACAUCAUCAGUCGUUCUGCUCCACCUCUGUUUUUUUAUAGUCAUGACGUAAAACAAGAAAGAGAGAAAAGAAGAAGAAAGAGAGGAAGAAGAAAAUUAGAUUUUUCUCAUUUGUAAAAAUAUGUUUUAUUAACAGGAGGUGUAAAAACAAUCAACAAAUUAACUUAGGGGCUGUGCAAGUUUAAGUCCACUGCCAGGAAGAGGAAGAAGAAGAAUUAUGUUUUGGUAUUCAGUGAAAGUGCACCCCCUCACCCCCCAAAAAAGUCUGCUCUGAUUUACAUUAUUAUAGAAUUGGGCAAAUAUAGCGUACAAAUAUCUGUCAGUGGAAUAUUAAAACAUUUACAAACAACAGUUACAGUGACAUACUUAUACAGAACAUAUACAGUGUGUGUGUGUGUGAUGUAUGGAUUUCCCAGCUUACUGCUGACUAAACCUCUUUGUUUCUUUGUCUCUCUGCUGCCUGUGUCCUCAGAUACUCUGUAGAGCUAAACCGUCUAAUGUCAACAACAGGGUGGGUGUGUGGACAGCUGCCAGAGCAGUAAAUACAACCAUAUGUCACAUAUAUACAUGUUACAUAUAUAUGUGACCUAUAUAGCUGCCUGGCUGAGGUCGAAUGAGGAGAGUCGUUCUCCUUCAGUCACAAUCUCGUCUGUGUAAUUUGGAGCUGCUGUGGCCUGGUGUGAACUCAGGCUGCAGGACUCCUGGAGGAGGAGAUGGUGUCAGGUUUAACCUCGCUGAUCUGAGAGCUUCUCCGAGCCUUGGACAAAGUUUAGAAAAAGCUUCUACAACGGCAUCUUCAUGCGGACUAAUAAUCCGUCGUCUCUCUGGGUACUUUACCGCCUAACGGCAGUACAGUUCGAUGAUUCAUUGUUUUUAAUAAUAAUUUGUAUAAUGAAUAUCCAGCUCAACCUGCAGCUUACUGCAGAGAUAUUAAACUCCUUUUAUUUAAAAAAGUGACGAUAAUAAUAAUAAUUCAUUUAAACGUGUUGUUAUUAUAUUACGAUCUUUUUUUUAAAGCUCGUCCGUGAACGCACCACCAGCUUUAUUUUUGGAAGGUCACGUGCAAUUCAGCGGGAAUAAAUAAUGUCGUCUUAACGUUCGUGGUCACGUGUUACGACGGCGGUGGCGUUUCUUUUUAGUAUGGGUCCAGACAGGGCGACAUACAGGGGCGGAGACGAAGGACGUUGUACCGGGAGUCUGGAAGUAUAAACAGCAGCAGAAAGAGCAACUGCAGCAUUUCCCGCCCCUCUUUCAUGCUCUCUCUGUGGACCAUCAGUUUGUUACUUCAGGUCCAGACGUUCGUCUUGUCAACCACCGAGCAGAACAAUUCACCCCCGAACGUGGAGAUGGUCUUCUGCUGACUCACCGUUUGCCUCGCAUCAUCAUGUCGUCCACGGACUCAGAUCAGCGUAGAGACAGGCUGACCAGUGUAGAUGACAGCCAAUCAUCAUCCUCAUCAUCAGAGACCAGUGUUGAUGCGGAGGCCGUCCUUCAGACUGGAGGCUCCCAGCAGACACUUCCUGUCUGGUCCAGGAAGAGAGCCCCGACGUCCAGCUGUGAUGAUGCCUGUGAAGGAGUGGACAGUGAAAGUGAAGUGUUCUCAAAGAAGUGCCUGGAGCUGCAGUGCUACAUCCAGCCUCUGUCGUCCAUCCUGCAGGGCCUGACGUCAGGGAGGUUCUCUGAACGACUGGGCAGUUUCCAGGAGAGUCUGGCUACAGACCGUAUCCAGAGAAUACUGGGGGUCCUUCAAAAGCCUGACGUCAGUGUCAGUGGUCCACUCCCCAGGAUCAUUCUUAUAAUAGCAGAAAUGCUUCAAAGUUGGUUUCCUCACAUCAAACCAGAUCUGCAGCAGAAACAGAACCACACACCAGCCAAGAAAACAAAGCAGAGCGAGGUCUGCUCCGCUCCUCCUUCACCCAGGGCUUAUCUGAGCUUCUCCUCCCCACACAUCUGCUCCUUAAAGACUACAGAGUUGGUUGUCGGUCAUCCCCCCUCCUCCUCCCUCCCACAAGCUCACCACAGACAGGAAGUAACUCAGGACAACGAUGUCUCCUCCAGUACGGACUCGCACACCUGCUCCCGGCAGAGCCUCCUCUCUCGGGCUCGUUGUUCACCUCGUCUGCGGAGACGCCUGCAGACCAACGACAGAGUCACUGCCGUCAGGACGGAGGCCGGCGAAUCAGACGUCGGCUGAUUGGUGGAUCUCACAGGAAGACCUGGAAACAGCCGUGCACGUUAGUGUGUCUGUGUAACAAGUAGGUCUUGGUGGAGGUUGACUGUUAAACACCAGUUUGUUCACUUUUAUAACUUUUUAAAGUUUUUACAAAUGUAUGCAUUUUAUAGACGCUUUUAUUCGCUUUGAAUAAAGUGUUCUGCAUGUAAAUGUUUUGUUUUGUUUUUUUUUACACUUUCUACAAAACCACAAAGGUGAAACAGGAGAAAGUUUGUGCACAUUUGAUUUUUUUUUAAUUUUCAUUGCUCAAAAAGAAACAGCAUUUGUGAUUUUUUUUUUUAUUCUGAAAGUAAACAUCUUCCUGUUUCAGUGUUCAGAAGAACAGCACAGGAACGCAGUGUUGGUUGUUCUUGUUUGCUUGGGAAACUCAGCAGAGCAAUGAACACAAUAAAUAUAGAUAUUAAUG